CGUCAGUCAGUCGACCAGACAUGCGAUGAUGAUAUUGAUGAUAUUCUGCUGUGUGUGUGUGUUGUAACAUAAUAAGCUAAACAAGGACGGCACGAUCUCAUACUAACAAAAACCUCCGUCUACACGAAAAGUUCAAAUUGCCACACCAUCGUCAAUCCGGUCAGUCAAAAACGGACUUUAUUACGUAAGUUUAUAUUCGCGUGUGUCGUGAGAGGAGAGGAAAAAAAAGAGUCGUGAAUGGUGACCUUAACUUUUGUUUCUGACAAGUGGCCAGUAGGCGGACCCGACUGAUUUUUCUCAUCUUUUUAAAGUGAAGAUAAAUUUUUUACUAAAGUGGGUUUAUAUUGUGUUGUGUCACUAUUGGAUUACUGGCUGUUGUGGUUAGGAUUAUUGUGGAUUUACAUUGUUUUAAUAUGCUUGACCAUCAUGCCCUGCAGCCCUAGCAUCCACCAUUACCCGACCUUCCAGAACUACCAGCCAGAAGACAUUUUCAAAGAAUCCAUAUUCAAAAUGGUCUUUCAAGCCCACUAAAGCUAUUUAGAAAAUAAGUCAAGAUGAUGGAGGUAACUCCUCACCUAAAGAGCGUCCUCAAGAACUACCAGUAUAGUGCGACGAAAUCACUUCACGGUCCUGGGUUAUCUUUGAACCCAAUCAAGAAUGAACCAUCAAGUCCAGGAGGGACGAGUGAGGAGGAAUUCCAAGCGAUUGCAGCUGCUCCAUUUCCGGUUCAACCGGUGCCCAUUUUGGCCACCUCGGAUACGUCGUGUAGUGAGAGGAGCGAGACUAUUUUAGUGGGGGAAAGUAUAUCAUGUUUUGAUAUUGGUGGGGAGAAAAGGUUAUGUUUGCCGCAGGUGCUUAAUUCGGUGCUGCGAGAUUUCAGCCUCUCCGAAAUAAACCGUGAAUGUGACGAACUACUUAUAUUCUGCUCCAGGUGUACGUUAGACCAGAUUAACGUACUUAAGAGUCACGGGAUCUUACCCAGUACCGCCAGUACUUGUGGACUCAUUACGAAAACUGACGCGGAGAGGCUUUGUAGUGCUCUGUUGUUUUCUAGAUCAAAGAAUCUUCCAAGGAACGGAGUUCCGGCACUUCCGUUUCGCGCGCGUAAAGGUGCCACGUCGUUUCCGGUUUAUCACGAGUGUUUCGGCGAAGCGCGCGGUCUCUGUUAUCCGGACUUGUACACGAGCAAAACCGCGAAGUGUAUCGAGUGCGUCGACUGUCAAACCGGGUUUUCACCGCAGCAGUUCGUUUGUCACGUGCAUCGAAAUGUGGAAAAUCGUACGGUGCAUUGGGGUUUCGACUCGAGCAGCCACUGGCGGUCGUACCUGCACAUUCCCGAUGACGAAUCGAACGUCGAAACUUUCAAGAAAAUUCUGGAUGAGUUACGAGAUCGCUACGAGGGAAAAGUACCGUUUCCGCCACCGUUAGUGGUGGAAAAUAACGUGAAUAAACGGAAACAGAUCGCUGCUUCUGAACUGGUAAAAGACCAUCAGGCUGCAGUUUCAGCAACGUCAGACCUUCCAUUGAAGAAACAAAAACUUGAUGGAUACCUCGGAGGUAUCGGAAGGAUUCCUCCAUUUAUUCCUCCCGCUACGGCAGCUGCCCUUAUGCAGCAACAGAUUUACGCCUUGGAGCCAGUAUAUAUCCAUCAAUGUUUGCAGGAGUUUAACAGUAGGAAUCACCUGAGCGCCUUUAAGCCAGUAGCUCAGAGCAUCAAGGAGCAGAAACUCAGAAGCGCAACGGCGAUGGGGUUAACUUCCAGGUGCACAACUGAUCCCCCUGUACUUCAAAAUCCCGAUAAGGUAGUUUUGAUGUCCGAAUCAGAGAGGUUUGAGAGGAGUUAUCAACCGAACGUUGCCCUAGCACCUCCAACUCCUAAGAAACACAGAUACGGUAGGACUCAUGAGAAUUCAACGAUUGCGAGUCCUCCCCAGUGCUCUUCCAGUACUUCGAAUGAGCAUGAAGAGGCUCACUCUUCCAGCACCGAAACUCGUGUUAAGGAUGAACCUGAUCCGAUCAAGAUUUCCCCAUUAACUCCUCCAGAAAAAGUCAUCGACUCAACAGUCUCAGUACUACAGCCAAACCGAGUGCAAACAAAAUACAAUCCGGAAAUCGAAUUGUCCACGGAUACUGAAGACAGUGCCUCGGAGAGCUCAGAAAAACAUCACUCAGACUACGUAAAACUAGAAGAGGUACUCAAAUCAGUAAACAGCGAAGACAUCCGAGAUAAAGUGAUCGAGCUCUUCAAGAAUUUAUCAAAAGAACGAGAGAGGGCAGUGUUGGACACCAGAGCGAAAGAUCAAGAAAAGAUCGUUGGUUUGGAACGCAGAAACUCUGAGCUAGAGCUUCAGAACCUUGAGCUCAGAAAGGAAUUGGAAGAACUACGGUUACAAUCGGAAAACAAUAAUCGACCCUCUGCUUCGAGGGAACACGAAUUAGUGAGCAGUUCAUCAAUCAUCGUCCACUCGCCGAUCAGUCAAGAGAAGGUGGUGUCGCCCUCUCCAAAUCAGAAAAGUGUCAUUAUUGCCAGUAUUGCUGCCAGUGUCGCAAACACUAAUAAUAGUGAUGAAGUGAUUAGGAACACGGCACCUGAAUGAUCCGUUAUCGUGAUGAAUUCACGUGGGAUCAGAUAAAAUUCGAGAUUAAUCUAUUUAUGGUGCUUGAUCUUUAAACGUGUCGGGUCUUGGGUUGUAAAUAUUUGUCCGAUAUUUAAAAGAUAAGAGAUAUGUAAAGGGCCGCAACGUAGACUGGUUUUAUUAAUUAGUUGGAGCGUUAGCGACAUAAGAGGGUUUUAAAUAUUUUAGAAUUUGUUUUUGACCGUUUUUAAUUGUAUUGAAUUUUUCUGUGGAUCACAUCCAUUUUUAUAGUCAUUAAAUUGAAGAUUUACAUGAGUUCAUGUUAAGUCAAAGAAAUCAUUUUACUGUUUUUCGAAGAUAUUGAUAACAAACUUGCAAAUUAACGAAUAAAAACAUUAAUUAAUUAAUUAAUUUAUUAGUCAUCAAGCACUGUAGACUUGAUCAUCAUAUUUAUUUAUCAGUUACAUAUUUCGACCCGUCAAAGCAUCAUUUCAUUAAGAAUAUUUACAUGAUUUCAAAGAAAUCAUUCAUUAUUUUUCAAAGAUGUUCUUAACAGUUGAUAAUAAAAAUUUCAAAUAAUCAAUUAGUCAUCAAUUCAACAGCAUCGUCUUAUGUAUUAAUCAUUACACAUUUCGCCCCAUUAAAGUACCAUCAGGCUAAAAUAAACAAACACAACCGUUUAAUCCUGAUUGAACUAAGAUUAGAAUUUAAUCCAAGAUUAAAUGCUUGUGUUUGUUUACUUUAGUCUGAUGCUCUAAUGGAGAGAAACAUAUGUCACCGAUUAAUAAAUAGGACGAUGCUAUAGAUUUGGUAUUUAUCGAUUUUUCUCUUACUCUACGUCUCUAUUUUCAAAUAAAAUAAUAUUUUAGUCCAUACAUACAGAGUGGUGAUGCACCUGGAGCAUGCAUUAAUGAACUGUAAAAAAACCUGUAAAAUUUGAAAAAUUCCAUGUCAGAGUUAGUGUUGUGAGUCUAAACUUAUUAAAAUAUAUCUGCUACACUACUUUUAGAAAAAAAAUGAAAAUGCUAUCAAUUCAGUUUCAAAUUUAUGUCAGUCCAUGUCAGUCCGUAUAAUAAACAGAAACUCAUUUAUUUCUAUGGUUCACGGCUAAUGUGACCUAAAAUAAGUAAAUAAGUAAAGAGGUGCAGAAUAAAGGGAACAGUGUAAUAUUUUGCUACCCUUUUGAGAAUUUUAGAAUUUUUAUCUGAAAAAUUAAUAAAUUAUUGAUCGUUUAUCUUGACCUACCUAGUAUUCCGAGAAAUGACAUGUAAAAUAACGGAUUUGGCAUCGACUUAUUUUAUAAGGUAUUCUCUAGUAUAUAUAUUUCUUAUAAUUUAUCAGUACAGUUGGUAUGCCAAACUGUAAUAACAUUUUAUUUUGAUCUUAAAGUAUUUUACAAUAAUACUACGAAUGCUUCAUUUUAACUUAACUAAGAAUUGAAUGGAUGUAAUUAAUUUCAAUUUCCCAAGAUCUUUUUAUAUUAUUGGAAUUUUAUUAAAUUUAAAAUAAAUUUGAAAGCCUUAACAUUCCAGUGUUAAGGCGUUUUCGUUAUUAUAUACUUCCAAAUAAAAUGUUCUUUUAGGCCUACUUUUUAGUUCCUUAUUUUGCCACAAUGUGGGACAGAAAACUUUCAAAAAUACUCAACAUUAUUGUAGGUCUUGUACCUUUAGAUCGAAUCUUAAAAUAGGGGUAAAAUAUAUUAUUUUUUUAUUUAGUGCUUUUUUUGUUAAGUAUUUUGUAUUUUUAAGCCGAUAAAAGAAAAAGGAAGAAACCCAGAGUGAUUUUUUUUCAGAACCAUCUGAGCAUAAGCACUUUGGCAGUUGCAAUCUUGAUUUUAUUGUUAGACCAAAAAUCAAUUUUUUUUAAUUGCGCUUGUUGUAAUACGAUUAUACAAAACAAAAGCAGCAUAUAAGGGAACCCAAUAUUAAGAACCUAAUUUAAUUCUUUUUCGUACACAUACUUUAAUAUAAAAAACUUUUUCAUUCGCAAAAAAUUUCUGCUUAAUUUUAUAUCAAAAAUGUAUAUUAAAAAUAUUUUGGUUAUUUGGCAAUGCCUUGCUGGUUAAGCGAAAUUUUAAUUUUUUAUCUAUUUGUUUUAAAUUAAAUUAUUUACUAUCACAGAAGAAACGGAAAAUUGAAUUUACGUGACAUUAAUUGUAAACUCUGGACUACCAGUAAGUUUUCUAUAUCAAUACUAUAUAUUGAAUGUAUUAACAAAUUGUCUUUUAUGGAUUCCGCAUAAAGAACAUAUAAAACGUAAUAAAAAUGGCGAAAAAUAGGUUUGUGAUUAUAGGCAAAUAAUAAUCUUUUAACGCCAAAUGGAAAGACUAAGAGCUUUCUAUUUAAAAUUCUGUUUAGAAUUAAAAUGCUUUUUUUCGCAUACAUUAAUUAUAGCAGAAUAUAUUUUCUUUUUGAACACUUAUUUUAAUCUAAAGAAAUAAAUUUGUACUUUUUAUGUUAAUAAUCUUAAAGUCGAUACCAUCAAAGAUGCGUUGCCUUUCAAAAAUAAAUAUAAACUAGAAAUACUUAUUAGCUGAUUAUAUGCCUUUGCUAUCCUAGGAAAAUGAUACUUAAUUACAAACUGAUACAGUACAAAGAGCUACAUUAUUUUAAAGUGUAACAAUAUAUUAUUUAUGUAAGAGCAGAGUUUGGCCAAAAAAAUUGAUAUUAUAUUAGUCCCAAAAUAGUAAAACUAAGCAAUCACAUAUAGGGGAAGGUGUCCUAAAAUGACAUACUUUUUAUUUAAAUCUUGUUUAUGCAAAAAACUAUUUAAGAUAAUUAACUCAAAAUAAUACAUCACGUUGCUUUAAAUAAACUUUAUUGACAAACAUAAACAAAAAUAUUUCAACUCUAUUUAAAACUUGUAAGAAAAUGCAUUUUAAAAAACGUUACACUAUGUCGUUUUACAAACAUGUAUAUUGUAAAAUGACACAGUCGUGGUGUAUAAAGUGACAUAUACUUAAAACAAGUGAUAACACAAAUAGAACUUAUAAAAUAUAGUUAAAGAAAGUAAGCUAAUAAGGAAUUCCGAAACUCCAGCACAUUCGCAAUGUGCCCAAUUGUGGCACUUCAUACAACUAAUCCAAGACUCCCUGGAUCGAGAAUUUUUGAAUAGAUCGUUGCAAUAUAAGCAUGCCACUUCAUCCUCAUAAUCCUCGGCUGCAAAAGGAUCUUCUUCACUUUCGCUUCGUGCAACAAAACUUGUCUUACCUGAAAGGUUCUUUUUAAAUUGACGCACAUUUUUUCGCAAUUUCUUUUCUUCCUUUAGCUUUAACUCUUCUAAAUUGGGAGUAGUUGUUAAGACUCCGGUUAUAGUUUGUCUGGUCUUCCUUUUUUUGGUUCCUCUUGCUACAGGCACUGGCGAAAUUUCCUGUAGAGAAAACCUUUUUCUUAAUGGUUGAUUUUGUUUUAUAUUGCUUUCUGCCUGAUUACCUCUCGGUUCAUUUUCUUUAUCGACACUUUUGCCUUGUUUUUGUCGCAUUGCUUCUUCUGUAAUACCAAUUACUGUUAUUUCAUUGCUUGUUGAUGGUUGUUCUGGGCUGCUCCCUCUUCUAUGGUCGGUUCUAAUAAUCUAUUUGUUGUCUCAGUCGGCUCAAAAAACUCGUCUGGGAAAAUAUGUGGAUUAAAUGGAUAAAUUCCCGUAUUUAAAAAUGCGCUUGUGGCAUUUUUAAUUGUAGCUGCUUUCCCGCAAGCGGACGUAAAUAGUUCACGAAUUUGACGUAGUGUUAUUACUCUCCCUGGAUGGUUUUUCAACCAAAGUGCACAUUCCUGGUUAUAAAAUGUCUUUAGUGGACCAUAAAAGCUGACAUCCAGGGGCUGCAUACGAUGGGUACAGUGGGCAGGAAAGCUUAAAGGGAUUAUUCCAUUUCUUCUGGCAAACGUCAAGGCAUUUAAUGAUUUGUGGCUAGUGUGCCCAUCCAGAAGUAAUAAAACUUUUGAGUCGGGAGAAACCUUAACAAAAGUCUGAAAAUGCUUUAACCACAAUGCAAAGGAAUCAGAUGUAAUCCAUCCAGUCUCGUUAAAUAAUCCCAAAGAACCUGGAGGUAAAGUAUCUAAAAGUUCCUCCUUUCUAUUUUUCCUAGGGAAAAUCAAAGCAGGUGGCACAAAAUUACCUACACUAUUCAUGCAUCAUGUUACAUGCUGACCUCUUUCAGCACUGGUUAAUGAUCCUACUUGUUUUCUUCCAGUUUUGGCAAAAAUUUUUGAAGGCCUUUGCACUGUGGACAAACCACUUUCGUCCAUAUUGUAAAUCCGAUGCACAUCAAUUUUUUCUUUUUUUUUAGGGUAUUUUCCAACGUAUUAAAAAAAUUUGCACUUGUGGCCUAUUAAAUGCCAUGGCUCUAGCCGCAGACACAGCUUCAGGCUGCCUUAGAGAUAUUUCAGGAUGUCGCAUACGAAAUCCUCUCAGCCACUCUCGUCCAGCGCUACGAUCUUUAAAUCUAUUUGGAAUGCCAUUUUUAGUGGCAAACUCAUACGCAAGUUUCUUUAUAUCUGUUGUUGUUAUCCCGAACAAUCUAGACUCAAAUAAUAGUAUAUACUCAAGUAACUCUCUUUCUUCGUCUUUAUUAAAUGUAGUUGGAAACCAACCCAAAACUUUCUGACAGCCCUUAGCUCUUUUGUUUUUAUCAUUUGCUCUUCGCCUUAAUGUGGCUUGGGGGACAUUGAACAAUUUCGAUGCUUUCAGCCACCCCAUUUGGCCACCUUUUACAGCGUUAAUUGCACUUAGCAUUGCUUGUUCAUCCCACGAUUGUCUAGAUGAUGUUCCCGUUUUCCCACCACAAUGUAGCUAAAAAUAAACAAAAAAUACAAUAUUCCUUAAAUUUAAAUUAAUUUGAUGUUUGUUUGUAAAAUGACAUAGUAUGCCAUUUUACCUUCAUGCCUAUCUGUGUCGUUUUACCCGCAGUAACAGAUAGUCCUUUGUUAAUGCAGAAUAAUCUUAUUUCAUAUUAAACGAAAUUUCCGCGCAACGUGAAUCUGAAGUAUACACUUACAUUUAAAUACUAACCCUGGUUUUACUUUAAAAUCAGCACAAUUUCGUAAUAAAAACAGACUUUCAAAACAGCACAUGCAAAAUUUCUACACUGCUAAAAAUACUUUUUUUGAGGUUAUUUUCUACAUAUCAUAAACGUAAAACAAAUAGAGUGCCCACAUGAUAUCUGGUCUUGGUUUGUGACAUGCAAGCAAACUAUUAACUAGAUGGCACCAGCAGUUGGAGAAUAAAUACCGCUAUGUCAUUUUACAUGCUAUGUCAUUUUAGAACACCUUCCCUAUAUUAAAAAAACUGCAGUAUAGUCGAUAAUACUUUAAAGUGAAAUAGACUUUUUGGCACCUAAAUAAAUUGUUUAAAGAAAUGCUUUUGAUUGUGGGAUUUCAAUACAUAAUUAAACAAAUGAAACCAGAAAGUGUUGCUAAGAAUAGUAUAAACUAGCAGAGGCAAUUAGCAUAACAAAGUAAUAAUAUUUCUUAUUAUACAUAAACGGAAACUAGAUAGCCUUAAAGAUAUAUAAUGCGAUCAAAGCCCGUUUACCAAAAACUAUAUUAACAGAUAAUUUUUAUUGCAAAAAAUAAAAACAUGUAUAUAUAGUAACAUUUUAUUGACAGAUUAAAUUCAACAAUACUUAAAGUCGUCAUCAUUAUUGUGUUUAAGGCUAAUACACUCUUCCUAAACUGUUAUAUACAUUUUUAUAUACAAUUGUUCGUGGUGACAGGACGUUGAAGAAAUUUCGACUAAGUUUGAUUUAUAUGACUCACCAUCUAAUUUAUCGUCUUUAUGAAAGGUCUUUGGGCAUUUUAAUUAAUGGAUUUAUGUCGACAGAUGUGAGCAAAAGCUCUUAAAAAGUCUGACUUAAUUUAACGAGUGAAGAUUUUAAAGUAAUUGUUUUGUUCUUCGAUCUAAAAGUAACCAAUGGUGUACCUUCAUCAUCAGAUGAUGAUUAAUUUCUCUUAUUGGAGUUCAUUUUGUACCACUGGUCCAUCAGGCAUAUCUCUUUCUGUUAGCAAAAAAGGAGCAAAAGCGGAAUUGGGUAUUGCUUCUGGGUUUAGAGGAAAAAUACUUGUUGUCUGAAAUCCAUAACAUUUGCCGGCAACGAACAUUUUGGUCAAACACGAAAAAAAAACAUUAUAAACCUUGCUUUGUUUAAUGUUUUUUGAGAGUAAGUAUCCCAAUAGCACAGUAGCUCCUACUCCCAAUUUGCUUCAAAAGAGUGGAACACAACUUUAUCUAGAGGCUGUAGCUCAUAUAUCGUAUUUGAUAGCAGACAGAUAAUCUUAAUGUGCAGUUUCCGAAUACUAAAAUCCAAAUGACUGGAAGCUGUAAGACCCUGUUUAUUUAUACUUGUCAAAAUGUCUUAAGAAAUCAUUAAAAAGCUCCGUUUUGAGAUUCACCUUGGGUGCCAUUUUUAUCAGAAAUACCAAUGGUCAAUUGUAUGUAAAUUUAGGGUAACAACAAAAUCAUAGGUGGGAAAGAAUUCCUCAUAGCUUUACAGCAGACAAUAGUAGUAGCAUUCUCUGCGUGCUCACUCGAACACGUUUUGCACCCUUUUCAGACAAGAUACGUUGCUGGUGAUUAUGUCUAUACUGGCUAUGGUGCAAUAUGGUUUUUCAUGGCUAAUGUACUCAUUAGUUUAUCAAGCUUCGUAAAAUUUUCGGAUUAAUUUUUUAUUCACUUUCUGAACAGAAGCAGGUUUUAUGGGCUAUACUGUUCGUGCUGAUAAAUCUGAUUUCUCUUGAGAAACCAAGAUAGCCAAUCUUUUCCUGCAACCUACACAUUUUGAUCAAACUUCUUAGAAGUCUUAAUUCUUUUAUAGAAUCAAUACAUUUUUUGACGAACUACUUUGGAAGUAAAUGACAAUCCAAUUUAUGAAUAGAAUUUCAUUUUCUAAAUAAAGUCUCUCUUCUGCUCUUUACUUAAAAUAGUUGGACGCCCUAAUAGGUUCACUGAUAUGGUCUAAAUGUCUGCGUAAAGAACGUCUGAAUAUCUUAAAUCUAGCUCAAACAUUUCUCUGAGAUUCUCCAUUUUAAGCAUCACGGCAUCUUCAAGUUAGUCUUGCGAUCACGGUUUUUGUAAAUUUUUACAACUUUUACCCAUUUUAAACAAAAAAAAAACAA